AUGGGUUCUGUUAAAGUCUCUUUCUUUCUUCUCAUUGUGAUUCUAUGUCUCAUCAAUGGUGCUUCCUCCACAACUUUCACCAUCGUUAACCAAUGCAGCUACACCGUCUGGCCGGGUCUUCUCUCCGGAGCCGGAACCUCUCCUUUACCCACCACCGGCUUCUCCCUAAAUUCCUCCGAGUCACGAGCCAUCUCCAUACCCGCCUCCUGGUCCGGCCGCAUAUGGGCUCGCACGCUCUGCAAUCAAAACGCCACCACCGGUAAAUUCACUUGCGUCACCGGCGACUGCGGCUCGUCCCAAAUACAAUGCUCCGGCACCGGAGCCAAACCUCCGGCUACAUUAGCCGAGUUCACACUCAACGGCGCCGGAAAUCUGGAUUUCUACGACGUCAGCCUCGUGGACGGUUACAACGUUCCCAUGACGAUCGUUCCCCACGGCGGAGCUAAUGGAGUGGGUAACUGCAACGUCACGGGCUGCGGGGCUGAUCUCAACGCCGUGUGUCCUGCUCAGUUGAAAGUAACGGUCGACGCCGCGGAUGGAGUGGCUGUGGCGUGCAUGAGUGCAUGUGAAGCGUUUGGAACGCCGGAGUAUUGCUGUAGCGGCGCGUUUGGAACACCGGAUAAGUGUAAGCCGAGUGAGUACUCUGGUUUCUUCAAAAAAGCUUGUCCCACGGCUUAUAGUUACGCUUAUGACGACGGCACAAGCACCUUCACUUGCUCCGGCGCCGAUUACGUCAUCACUUUCUGUCCCACUCCUUCUCCAAGUACAAGGAGUGUAUCUAGGCCUCCCCAUCCGGAGGCGGUUAACGCUUCGGCCGCAGCUUCUCUGGCCGCAUCACCUACAUUGUCAGUUGCGUUCUCAUUAAGCGUUUUAGCUGUUGCGGUUUCUUGGGUUUAG